GAAAAUCAAAAUCGUAUCCGCAUCCGUCGGAUAUUGGUCGGAUAUCGGAUAUAUCCGUAUCCGUUUUCAAUUUUUAAAAUCAAAUUAAACAAUACUUUAAUUUUAAAUUAGAUUAAAGUCGUUUUCUCUCCCUAUGAUUAGGGUUUUUCUCUCCCCGACGGUUGGAGUGUUUUUCCGGAUCUAAUUUUCGAUUCUCAUCCAAAUACUUGUUCUCGCAAUUCGAAUUCGUCAUCAGACAUGGAGGAUCAGAGUGUGCAUAGUCUGGAUGCUGCGAUUACCAAUUUGGCAAUAUCGGAGGAAGAGGAAGGUCUCUCUUUUGCCCUAGAAGGUGGUCUACAAAUUCCGGUGGACGAUUUCCGCACAUGGACAGUGGUAGGGCGUUUUCUCACUAAUAAACCAAUCAAAUUUGACAUCAUGCAACAAGUUCUUGCUUCGGUUUGGAGGCCUGCUAUGGGGGUGCGAUUCAGGCAGGGUGAGGAAGGAUUAUUUUGGUUUUACUUCUACCAUGAGAAGGAUGCAAAACGCAUCAUUGAGGAGGGGCCAUGGUCAUUUGAGAACAAUAUGCUGCUUUGCCGACUUGUGGAACCUAGGGAGACGAUUAAGGCGGCAGAUCUUUAUUUGCUGGAGCUAUGGGUUCAGGUGCAUGAUCUUCCUCCUGGGUAUACGUCUCCGGCAGUCCUUGAGGCGGUGGGUAAGUUUUUGGGCCAAUUUCGUAGGAUUGAUGUUGCUAAUGUUUCAAAAGCAUACCAAGGAUUCUUUCGAGUGCGUGUGGCUAUUGACGUUCAUAAACCGUUGAAGCGAAGGAUGAAGUUAACCAAGAGAGAUGGCUCUAUAGUGUGGGUCCUUUUCAAAUAUGAGAGGAUUACUGUAUUUUGUUAUUAUUGUGGUAUCCUUGGUCAUCUGUCGAAGCACUGUCGGAUGGCGCUCCUUUCUUCCUUGGAGCCAGAGAAUUAUCCAUAUGAUGAGUCACUUAAGGCAGGAGGUAGGAAGCCACUGUUAACUAUUGGUGAGCCAUGGAUUAGACACGUAGAACCGAUUGAAGUGAGACGGCUCGUUGAUGCACGAUAUCCAAGCAGGAUGAAGACUUAGCAUUUGCCUUGGUGACUAAACGCAAAAGAGUCUUUGAGGGGAAGCGGUGUAGUCGGAAUGUCUUGGUAAGAAUAGGUUUUGAAAAAGGGCUUGUUCUCAGAGAUGCGGAAUAAGCGCUGUUGAGGGAU